GAAGUCGGAGUGGAGUCCUUAUUUUGGUGAACCCAAUUACCCAAACUAAAAGCCAAAGACCCCCCAACACACUUUCUCUCUCUCUCUCUCUCCGAUCCCAGAAACCUCGUUCACAGCUGUACCCACCAAAUCCACCAAGCGCCGACAAAAGGCCUUCUCUAAUCUAUAAUUAAUUAAUCUUAAGAUCCAACUCGUUGUUCGAACUCGGUAUCAGAGUGCUCAGAUCACCGAGUCAAGAAGCGAAAUUUCAUUUCAUGCUCCUCCCGGUGGGGGUAUGAUAGAGUCACCGGUGGCGGUGGAGGCUAGGGUUUUGGUUCUUCUGAGCAGCCAUGGCGACGACGACCACUCAGACUAUGCCGACGAGCUGGCGCGAGGGCAUGUCCUCUGACAACGUCAAGGGCCUCGUGCUUGCUCUCUCGUCCAGUAUUUUCAUCGGCGCCAGCUUCAUUGUCAAGAAGAAGGGCUUGAAGAAGGCUGGCGCGUCUGGAGUCAGGGCAGGUGUUGGAGGCUAUUCUUACUUAUAUGAGCCACUAUGGUGGGUGGGCAUGAUAACAAUGAUCGUUGGCGAAAUUGCUAAUUUUGCGGCUUAUGCAUUUGCGCCAGCUAUACUGGUCACUCCUCUUGGAGCUCUCAGCAUUAUUAUCAGUGCUGCACUUGCACAUGUUAUUUUACGGGAGAAGCUUCAUAUUUUUGGAAUUCUUGGUUGUGUUCUAUGCGUUGUGGGUUCUACGACAAUUGUUCUACAUGCUCCCCAAGAACGUGAGAUUGAAUCUGUGACAGAAGUUUGGGAUCUUGCUAUGGAGCCAGCUUUCCUCAUGUAUGCAGCUUUUGUCAUAGGAGCUGCAUUUAUACUUAUAUACUACUUUAUCCCACAAUACGGGCAGACCCAUAUAAUGGUUUACAUUGGAGUUUGUUCCAUUGUAGGUUCUUUGUCGGUCAUGAGUGUCAAAGCACUUGGAAUUGCUUUGAAGUUGACAUUGUCGGGAAUGAAUCAACUGAUUUAUCCCCAAACUUGGGCAUUCACUUUAGUUGUAGUUACUUGUGUUCUUACCCAAAUGAAUUAUUUAAAUAAGGCUCUUGAUACUUUUAAUACGGCCGUUGUAUCUCCCAUAUACUAUGUUAUGUUCACAUCACUUACUAUUUUGGCUAGUGUCAUCAUGUUUAAGGACUGGGAUAGGCAGAGUCCAACCCAGGUAGUCACAGAAAUGUGUGGGUUUGUGACAAUCCUUGCGGGGACUUUUCUUCUUCACAAAACGAAGGAUAUGUCCGAUGGUUUGUCAACAUCUCUGUCGAUGCGACUUUCUAAGCACUCAGAAGAGGACGGUGUUAAUGGAGCUGAAGGCAUCCCUCUUAGGCGGCAGGAAUCCUUGAGAUCAUGAUGUAUGUAUCUUUGCUUUGCCACUCUUAAAAACUUGCGUACUUUUUCUGGGGAGGGAUCUUGCUGAUGAAACGAUCAUGUUAUUCUUGGAUAGAGAAAGAGAGAGAGAGAGAGAGAGAGAAGAGAGAAAUGUGAGAUUUUUGAUUUUUCUUCUUUUCCUUUCUCAACCAUGCUUUCAGCUCUUGCAUUGUAUACGCAAUUCUCCCCACUCCAUACGAAAUGCAUUGGCCUUCAUAACUUUGUGCUCAUUUGUUAUAUAGUGUAUCCUAGUUUUUAAUUUUUCCAACGUUC